ACUCCACUCCACUCAACUCAUUUCAACUAAAAAAAAUAUUUUUGUUGUUGCCGUCGUUCUAUUAUUUUAUUUAUUUCUGAAAUAGGCUAUGAAUAUUAGCAUUUCAUGAAUAAUUAAUGGUUUAACUACUUUCUAAAAGUGAAAGAUUCAAAUAAUAAAGAAGUACCGUAAAAUCAAAGCUCAACAAUGGAUGACGAUCAAGUAAAUCAAUCAAAAGACACUGCUAUUGUUAAUCAAGAUGACCUCAUCCUGCAACAACAAAGAGACUUGGAGAAGGAGAUAUCAGAAAAAAUUGCAUUGGUUGGAGAGAAAGAAAAUCUCUUGUCCUUAGAAUCAGAAUAUACUGCUGAUGAUAUUUAUAUGCAAAAAGUACAAGAUUUAGCGAGCAAGUACAAAUAUAUCAGAAGAACCAGACCGGAUGGAAACUGUUUUUUCAGAGGUUUUGGUUUUGCCUACUUUGAAAGACUGUUGGAUAAUCCAGAGGAGUACAAAAGUUUCAGGGAACUUGCUUUAAAAAGCAAAGAUUUAUUAAUUGCCUUGGGAUUUCCUAAAUUUACAUUAGAAGAUUUUCAUGAUACGUUCAUGGAAGUGAUAGAGUUGGUAGGCAAGGGGCCUGAGUCUUACGAGGCGCUACACAAGAUGUUCAACGACCAAGGCUACUCAGACUAUGUGGUUGUGUAUCUACGACUGAUAGCCUCUGGAUACCUACAGAAAGAGGCGGAAUUCUAUCAACAUUUCAUCGAGGGAGAUCGCACGGUCAAGGACUUCUGCAGUCAGGAGGUGGAACCGAUGUUCAAAGAAAGCGACCACAUUCACAUAACGGCUCUGUCCUCCGCACUGAAGGUCGGGGUGAGAGUUCGGUACAUGGACCGAGGCAACACACCCGAGGUGAUUGCUCAUGACUUUCCCGACCAGUCUUCACCAGCCAUUCAUCUGCUAUACAGACCUGGGCAUUACGACAUACUGUAUCCGGGAUAGAGAUGUAAAAUGUGCUCAAAAUCUUGUGAUCUCCAUAAAGGUUGAAGACUCAUUUCAUUCUGGUUAUGAAUGCACUGUUUACUAUUUAAUGAAUUUUGUAAUUGUGAAACAAUAAAUUAUUGUUACGACAAA